UCUGGUUUCCCUCCUUCGUGAUUGUCUGCACCUGAAUCGAUGUGUCACACCUGAGUUCUGCCUCCUUUGCUCCUGGAUCCUUGCACUUCAGUUUUGCUGGAACGUGAAACAACGCUCCUAAGAAGUCCAGGAGCUGUCAACAUGAUGUAUGGAAGCUGCUCCAGUCAGUUACAAGAAGCAGACUCAGCAGCAGGAAGUGCCACGGUCCGUGGAAUUGAGUCUUUUCCUGCACCUCCUUUAUAUCCAGCAGCUUACUGGGAGAACAGAUGCCUGUGAUUGGUUGGAAGAGCUGCACACCCCUGCCCCUGCCCCUAUCUCUGUUCCACGGUCUACUUUUUAACUUGGGGGCAAUGCUCACCUAUUUCACUUGAGACAUUUGGUCCCGGUCCCACGCCUGACAGCAAAAUGUCUGACAAGGGAGUCUUCGACACCAACGUGUUGACCCUCACCAGGUUUGUUCUGGAGGAGGGAAGGAAGGCACAGGGAACAGGGGAGUUCACCAACCUGCUCAACUCCAUCUGCACAGCCGUCAAAGCCAUUUCCACCGCUGUCAGGAAGGCUGGGAUCGCUAACCUCUAUGGGAUCGCUGGAAGCACCAACGUGACCGGGGACCAGGUGAAGAAGCUGGACAUCCUGUCCAAUGACCUGGUCAUCAAUAUGAUCAAGUCCUCCUUCUCCUCCUGUGUGCUCGUGUCAGAGGAAGAUGAGAAGGCCAUCAUCGUGGACCCAGACAGCAGAGGAAAAUACAUUGUGUGUUUCGAUCCACUGGAUGGUUCCUCAAACAUUGACUGUCUUGUUUCUAUUGGAACCAUUUUUGCUAUCUACAAAAAGAGCACAAACGAUGAGCCUUGUGAGAAUGAUGCUUUGCAACCUGGAAGAAACAUCGUUGCUGCUGGUUAUGCUCUGUAUGGCAGCGCCACCAUGAUGGUCUUAUCCACUGGUCAGGGAGUCAACUGCUUCAUGCUCGACCCCGCAAUCGGUGAGUUCAUCUUGGUGGAUCGAGAUGUGAAGAUUAAGAAAAAGGGAAAAAUCUACAGCUUGAAUGAAGGAUAUGCGCAGCACUUUUAUCCAGAUGUGACAGAGUACCUGCAAAAGAAGAAAUACCCAGAGGAUGGUUCUGCUCCAUAUGGCAGCCGGUAUGUUGGGUCAAUGGUAGCUGAUGUUCAUCGUACUCUGGUUUACGGAGGAAUCUUUUUAUAUCCUGCUAAUGUCAAGAGUCCAAAGGGCAAGCUGAGACUGCUGUACGAAUGCAACCCCAUGGCCUUCAUCAUGGAGCAGGCAGGGGGCAUGGCCACCACAGGAUCAAUGAACGUUCUAGACAUCCAGCCUGCCAAUAUCCACCAGCGAGUCCCCGUGGUCCUUGGAUCCCCUGAUGAUGUGCAAGAAUAUAUUUCCAUUUACAAGAAGCAUAACAAAUGAGCAGGCAGAGCUGAACUCUUACAAUCAGGACAUCUCUUUCUACUCAUUCUCUCGGCUGCACUGAUGAAGAAACCUGGAGCCUCGAAGGACCCAUGAACACCUCACACUGUCGCCAUUUCACACACUUACUGUGGUGUGUGUUAUUUGAAGGGACUCACACUGUAUUUUUUAAAUAAAGACAAAUAAAACCAAAUGUU